GACGCAUGUGCAGGUGACAAGCUGUUAAAACGAGACAAGCAAGCGGGAAGGAGGAGUAUUGAACGCAGAGAAAAACACCUAAGAGACCUCCUCCCGACUCCCCCCUCCCCUUGUGGUUUGUUUUCUUUUACACUUUUUAACAACUUUUAGGCAAUCGGGAUGGCGGGUGUCCAGGCGUCGACAAAGCGGCUGGAGAGGAGCGGUCACACUGCGUUCAUCGACGGCAAUAACACGCUGUACGUGUGGGGAGGCUUCCAGGCUGUCGGCAGCGAGGAUGUCAUGCUACCCAGUGAUGAGAUCUGGCUCUGCGACUUGGACAAUGGCGUUUGGCAACGGCGGGAAAUGGUUGGGGAACCCCCCCCACUCCUGAUUGGCUUCUGCGGCUCGUACGUCAACGGCUCGUUGUACGUCUUUGCGGGAUAUGACGGCCAAACUUACAGCAACCAAAUGUUCAGCGUGGACCUCACACAGCAUUGCUACCUGUGGAAGAAGGUGCCAUCCGCCAAAGAAACGACGCCUUCUCCGAGGAACAAACACAGCUGCUGGGUACACGGAAACAGGUUGGUCUACUUUGGCGGCUACGGAUGCAAGACCCUACGGGAGGCAAGAAACAUGCAGUCGACAAAUUUCAUCAUUGAAGAGAUGACUUGGAUUACCAUUGGUGACGUGUUGUUUCGAUGCUGGGGCUGGCACAACGAAGUCGACGUGUAUGACACGCUUACUAGCACCUGGAGCGUUCCUGAGACGAAGGGUACGCCGCCACUCCCUCGAGGCUGCCAUGCCAGCGCCAUGGUGGGAAACAAAGGAUAUGUCUGUGGCGGCGUGGAACGUGCAGAGUUGGACAUGUACUGCUUGGACCUGGACACAUGGAACUGGACUCAAAUUGAGGCCUUGUCAUCCCAAAUACCGCCAUGCCGCUCCAUGCACACUAUGACGCUCACUGAAGAUCACACCCUCUUUGUGUUCGGUGGUCUGGCCGUAGAUGGGGAAACUCUCAAUGACUGCUGGCAGUUCGAUACGCUGCUGAGAGAGUGGCGUAAGAUAACUCACCCUCACAGGGACAAACCCAGGGUGUGUCACACUGCAUGUCUGGGGAAUGACAAAGAUGUGGUCAUAUUCGGGGGCAGCAGCAAGUUAUCCAUUGCAAUGGAUUCGAUCACAGUGUUGAGGUGUCCGUCGCAGACUCACAGCGGUGAUGUGUUGAUCAUCCAAACUCAGCCAUACCCCCUCUACAGGUUGUGUGAGGACUUCCUUGGAAGCAACUUCGAGGUAUUUUCACAACACCUCGACAGGCUGCCGGCAAAGCUGCGUGCCAAAAUCGAUAAGAGAAUCUCGUUCUUCUCCAAGACACUUUCGCCCACUUGAAGAGCUGUGAUCUUUUUUUUUUUUUUUCUGGAUGAUAUGAUCCAGUUGUAAAUUUUCCAUAUGUUGCAAGCGUUCAGAAACAUGGGUCAAACCGUUGUACUUUUAAAUACUCAGAACAGAAAACACCAGUUCUUAAUUUGAAGUCUUAUUUUAAUGUACAUGUCAAAUUUUUAUCUUCAUCUGUAAAGUAUUUUGAAGCAUUUUUUUUUUUUUUGAAUAAAGUUAUUUUGU